CAACGAGGGCAGAGGUUGGUAAAAAGGAGUGAUUGUAAUCCUUUGAUAGAAGCCGAAAUUCCUGUUACGCCUGUGUGUGACCGCGUAACACACGUACAAGACGUCCCCGGGCGGCAUGCCUGUGAUCUCAUCUCCAUAUUCAAGUCAGGAAACGCGAGGUCAUCUGACAGCAAUGGAUGAUAGUGGGCAGUCUAGGUCAGGUCAAAGUUCAUCUUCGCGAAUCAAUGAUGAAAGGCGUCAACUUAUAACAGAAAUGAGAAACCAAAAUUUUGAUGUGAUUCGAUUUGCCACAUACAGAACAAGUUGUAAGCUGCGAUUUGUACAGAAAAAAUGUAACUUACAUCUUGUAGACAUUUGGAAUAUCAUUGAAGCAUACCGAGAGAACGGUCUAAACACCAUGGAACACUCAUCAGAGUUGCCUUUUUCUAAAAUAGAAGGAAUCAUUGCUAGUAUAUAUUAUCAAUUAAAUAAACGACUCCCCUCAACGCAUCAAAUCAACAUUGAUCAAUCUAUCAGCUUGCUACUCAAUUUUCUACUCCUGGCGUAUGAUAGCGAGGGACGUGGCCACAUGAGAGUAUUAUCUAUCAAAGUUGCCUUGGCAACACUGUGCUCAGGGAAACUCAUGGAUAAACUCAGAUAUAUUUUUUCCCAAGUGUCUGAUUCAAAUGGCACACUGGUGUGGAAUAAAUUAGAUGCGUAUUUAAAAGAAGUAUUGUCAUUGCCAGGAGCUGUCUUUGAAGGUCCAUCAUUUGGUUAUAAUGAAACAGCUGCCAGAUCAUGUUUUGGAUAUGAAGCUGCAAAUAAAAAAAUAACACUAAAUGAAUUUUUAGAUACAAUGAUGUCAGAUCCUGGUCCACAGUGUAUGAUGUGGUUGCCAUUGAUGCACAGGAUGGCAAAUGUAGAAAACGUUUUCCAUCCGGUGGAGUGUGCAUAUUGCCGAGGUGAUCAUAUGAUGGGAUUCCGAUAUAAAUGCCAGCGUUGUUACAACUACCAGCUAUGUCAGAAUUGUUUUUGGCGUGGUAACGUUUCUGGUAGUCAUAGUAGUGACCAUGAAAUGAAGGAAUAUUCCACUUAUAAAUCUCCCGCAAAAAAAAUAAGUAAAGCUCUGAAGAAACCAUUCAGGUCUAAAGAUCACCAACAGAUACCAAAGUUUCCAGAUCAGCCAGAACAACCGUUAGAUUUAUCUCACAUUGUGCCUGCCCCACCUGUUACUAAUCUUAGUUAUGAUAUGUCUGAGACAAGUAGGAAGGACAUGUCUAUUGAUAGUGAAUCUAGACGUCUUAACAGCAGCAUGUUGGAUACAACUAGAUUAGAUGACGAGCACCGACUAAUUGCUAGGUAUGCAGCAAGAUUAGCGGCUGCAAAAAACUGUAAUACUGAUCCCGACUCUAGUUUUGAUUCUAGCUAUGACCAGCUUGCGAUUCCUGGAAGUCAAUGGCCAGAAACUCAAGGAAAUGAAAUUCCUGCAAGUUUAGAUGGAAACAAAGAACAAAGAGAACUCAUUGCUAAGUUAGAAGCCAAAAAUAGAGAAAUCAUGAGAGAAAUUCAGAAACUUCGACAAGAACACGAUGAAGCUGUGAAAACUACCAGUAUGGAGAGAAAUCCCACGUUAUUGGCUGAGCUCAGGUUACUAAGGCAACGUAAAGAUGAGCUGGAAUUGAGGAUGGCUGCAUUACAAGAUAGUCGUAGAGAGUUAAUGGUGCAGCUGGAAGGACUUAUGAAGUUACUCAAGUCUUCGGAUAUAAUUGCUUCACAGAGCCAUGGCGGUUCACCCAAGUCCACCCCAAAUAGCAGUCCACGGGCAGCUAAUAUGGGCCCCCGCUCCCCACCAAUGCAAGCCCCUGUUCCCGCUGUGCGAUCUGCCCCAUCAACGCCUGGGGAUUCCUUAACUGGUGUUGGUGGCGAUGUCAAGCAAGCCUUCGGGCAGUCAAGGAACUUGCGAAAUGAUCUGCUAGUUGCUGCGGAUUCAGUGACGAAUGCAAUGUCAUCACUUGUCAAACAACUUAAUUCAGAGGAUGGUAGUAGCAGUUCUAGUGAAGAUGACAAGGAAGAUACAGUGGAGCGUAGAAACAAUAGAGCCAAAGUGGACAGUGACUCAGGUAGCAAUGUGGACACUAGGGAUCCUCUUGGCAAGUGGCAGACAGGUAAACCUUCUGAUACUGAAAAGUUCCUGGCUGAGAUCGAGAAGCGAAAACAAGGUCCUCAGCAAACAAGCAGAUCGUUGCUUGAUGAUCCUGACAGCUACAAUCAAACUGAUGACACUGACUCUUAUAUUCGAACCGACGAUGAGAGUUACCUAGCAACUGAUGAUGCUGAGUCGUACAUACGUACUGACGACGAAAGUUACAUGCGGACGGAUGAUGAAGCAUCUAAUUAUUUUCGUCAGACUGAUGACGAACUGUUCGAGAAAGAUCCGCAGGAUUUCUACAGACACACAACAGAUGAUGAGUAUGUAAGGACGGAUGAUGAUGAAAGCUACAUAAGAACAGACGACGAAGACGCCGUGACAAACAACCAACAAUGGCAAGAAGCUAUGCAAAGAUGGAUUAGUCGAUAGUCACUUCUCAUGUUUUUACUAGUACCACAGUAGCACUGUUUGGGGACUGUGGGGAAACCGUAAAAAAUCACUAUCUUUCCUAUACCUAUACCCAGCUUCCAUUGUACUGCACUGUCUAGCCUCUUCCUUCAAAGCACCUGCACAAGAGCAUGUAGCUCAGUGAGAAAAGCGGUUAUUAGGAAUGAAACCAUUGGUGCUAUUAACAGGAGAUAUCAUAUAAAGAUAGACAAGAGAGAACGGCUUCUUUAGUAAAACAUGUAUUCAUAUGUGGUGUCUAAUAUACAUUUUAUUUGUAUGGUAUUUUUAAAAAUCAAAAAAUUGUAAAUAUAUAAUUUUAGUUUGUGCCUGCCCACACAGACAUUACGCAGACCAUUCCACCUGUGUAAUUUCAACUUCUUCUUUUGAUCACUUUUUACCACGUGAUCCUGUAUA